AUGGAUCGUGCCGCGGGUUCUGUUGCACAUCCACCAUAUUUCGAUGGCAACAACUAUGGUGCUUGGAAGGCCAAAAUGAAGUCGUUUCUUUGGUCCUUAGAUGAACGUGUAUGGUACACAGUGGUUCAUGGAUUUUCUGAACCCACAAAGAAGAUCGGAAAAGGAGAUGAAGAAACCACAGUUCUCAAAUCUAGAGAGGAGUGGACCACUGCAGAAGUCACACACAGUACUAAUAAUCAAAAAGGGUUAAAUGCUAUAUUUACUGCUGUAUCUUCUGAUCAAUUUGAAUAUAUAUCUAGUUGUGAUACUUCUAAGGAAGCUUGGGAUAUUUUGCAGGUCACUCAUGAAGGAACAGAUACUGUCAAGGGUGCCAAGCUUCAAAUGCACACUCUACAAUUCGAGACAAUUCUGAUGGAUGAGAAUGAAACCUUUUCUGAAUUUUAUGCCAAACUUUGCGUUAUUGUGAAUGCAUGUUCAAAUUUAGGUGAAAAAAUUCCAGAAGAUAGGGUGGUGAAAAAGAUUUUACGGUCCUUGCCUCCACGUUUUUCACCAAAGAUCACAGCCAUUGAAGAGAUUCGUGACCUGAACACUCUGAAAGUUCGUGAACUUAUAGGGUCGCUUCAAACCUACGAGAUGAAGCAUCUAGCUCCUAAGAAAAAUAAAAGCGUUGCUCUUAAAGUAGUUGAUAAUGAAGAUGGUGAACACCAAUCUGAAGAAUUCAAUGGGGAGGAAUUUGCUUAUCUUUCACGACAAUUCAAGAAGUUUUUCAAAUAUCAAAAUUCGAGAAGUCAUGAUUCAAAAAAUCACUCAGGUAUAAAUUCAAAAAUUAAGCAUGGUGAUUACACUGAUGGUAAUUUAAAAUCUCGCAGGUUUACUGAGAAGAAGACCACUAAAGACAGAGUCAAGUGCUAUGAAUGCGAAGGAUAUGGACAUAUUUCCACUGAAUGUGCCAACACACAAAAGAAGCAAAAUGGCAAAGCCAAAGCACUGAAUGUAACCUGGAGUGACAGCGAUUCAGAAUCUGAAAGUGAAGAAAAUACCAUUGCGUUAAUCACCACUGUUAGUUUGGAUAAGGCACAGCAAAACAAUGGGAAUGAUGAAGAACCAAAUAUUGGUUAUGUGCUGGAAAAAUAUGACGAUCUUCUAGCUGCCUCUCAGAAACUGAAUCAACACAACAAAGAGCUUGCCAAAAAGGUUGCUGUGCUGGAGCUUGAAAACAGUAGGAUUGCCAGGACAUUACAAUCCUCUACUGCUGAACCAGAAACAAUUGGUGAAGAAAAGGUUGACAAAAUGAUUAGCAUGGGUCGAAGAGAUGGAGACAAACGUGGCUUAGGUUUUGAUUCACUCAACAAGUCUUCCGCUGUAUCUGUUACAAAGUUUGUCAAACCAUCACUUUCUACUGGUAUUCCAACUCAUCAAACAACUUGGAGAUUUACACCCACGUGUCAUUAUUGUGGAGCUCGUGGACACAUUCGACCAAAAUGCAAACUGUUUCAACAGAUUUUUGUAAGUCAAAAGUCCACCAAGGAGGGACAGAAAUCUCUCCAGAAUGCGUGA